AUGCUCUCCGCUUUAACUCCUCCCAUUCAUUCCUCCAAGAAGAAGAAACACCCAUCUUCUUCCACAAGGAAGCAACAGCAUUAUCAUCAUCAUCAUUAUACACCAAAUAGGAACAAGGGAACAAAUGGCAAUAUACAAAACUCGGUGUUUUCAUCUCCUCCUUUUCAAUCUUCCGUUCUUGCUCAUCCCGAGGAUAGUAUGAUCCUUUCAGAUGAUGUUCCAUCCAAUAGUAACAACAACAACAAUACUUGUACAUCAACGAAUAACUCUACCAAAACUUCAGAAGAAGACAAGGAUCUAAAGAUUGAAGAAUAUCUGAUGAAGCAAAUGAGACUUAAACAAGAGCAACUCACAAAUUUAAUGAAUCAAAUGGUUGAACAACUCAAAAGCCACGAAGCAAGAAAUUGUGAAGAAAUUGACCAAAUUUUCCAAGCAAUGAGACACUGGAAUUAA